AAAAAAAAAAAAAAAAAACCUAAAAAAUCAUCAGCCAUAUUGUGUGUGUUGUAUUGUUCGCUCAGUAAUUUCCGAAGUAAAAUAAGACCAUUCAAAGAUGACGGAUUCUAUUAAGUUUGGUCCAGAGUGGUUGCGCAAUCUGUCUGGAGACAGUUGUAAUUCUGGAGGUGGUGGUGGUGGUGGUGGUGGUGGGACAGCAAACCUAAUCACCCCACGAUAUCAAUUAGCAGAGCAUAGAUAUGGUCGUGAAGAGAUGCUUGGUAUUUUUGAUCGUUCUUGUAAACCACCUGAGACACUCAUAUCACUACAAACUCUUUAUGUCGAAAAAACUCAACUACCACUGGCAAUGCUACCAAUGACAGAAGAUGAAACCAGAGCUUGGAGUAUUGGUGUAGGAAGUAGUGUUAUACGUGGACGUGGUGGAAGUGUUGAUCGUGGUGGACGUGGUAGAACUGGAAGAGGUGGAACUUAUACAUCUCAUUAUUCACGUGGUGUUGGUUUUGAUGAUUCGGGUGAAGGACCAAGACUUGAAUCACAACCAUAUACAUCAAGAAAUCGUGGAUUUGAUAGAUCACAAAGUGAACGUGGUUGGACAGAUAGAAAUGGUGUUACUGAUCAAGGUGAUUGGAAUGGUAUAUCAACAAGUCCAAGAAAAGAAGUUAGUAGAGGCACAAGUGGAAGUUCAUUGAUGGAAAGUAAUUGGAGACGACAAAGAGGCGGUAUUGGAGGUGGAGGAGGAGGUGGUGGAAGUGGUGGUGGUGUUGGUAAUAUUAAUAAUAGUCUUGAUGAUGAUGAAGGUUGGCGUGCUGCUGGUAAUCGUAGUGCAAAUGAAAAAUGGUCACGUGGAAGUUGGCGAGAUGCUAGUGGUAAUGAAAGAGAUAGGCUAGAUCGUUCUGAUGGUGAUAUUGAUGAAAAUCGUCCACCAGGAAGAUGGGAUAGACCAACUCACAGACAAUCUCAUGAUCCUGCUAUUCAUCAUCAUACAUCAUCAACUGGACCACCACGUACAUCACGUACAUGGGAUUCAAAUCAUCAUGAUAAUCUUCCUGAAUGGGCUACAGAAAAUCCAAGUGAAAGUGGUGGUAGUUUUGAUGCAUCUGGAGCAUUUCAUGGUGGUAUGUUUUCUGAUGAAGAUGAAGAAGGUGGUGGUAGAGGUAAUACAUCAAAUGAAAUGCGAAUAAGACGUGUAUCUGAGGGUAAUAAUAAUAAUAAUGGUAAUCAUAAAAUUGGUAAAGUUAUUUAUCAAUCACCAGUUGGUAAUAAUCGUCAACAAAAUUUAUCAACAACAACAAAAGAAAGACCGAAAUCAUUGCAUCCUUUUGAUGAUAAAGAACCAAGUAUUAUAACAUCACCAGACAGACCAAGUAUUUCACCAACAAAACAAAUUACAAAACAACAAAUAACAUCAACAAAUAAUAAUAAUUUAAUAAAAGAUAAUGAUAAUACACAUAGUACAGCUCAAAAUUCAAAUGAACCACCUAAAAUACAAGGUCCACAAAGAUCAAAAUCAUUUAUUGAUCCACCAACAAAAACAUUAAAACAAAAUAAUGAUGUUAGAUCAAAACAAAAUGAUCAAUCAUCAUGUACAACUUCUUCAACAAUUUCUUCUUCAACAACAACACCAACACCAACGCCAACAACAACAUCAACAACAACAGCAACACCAACAGCAGCAUCAACAUCUCGAUUAUUAGCUAUGAAUCACAAAGCUCAUGUAUUACAACAAUUAAAAGAUGUAGAUACUGUUCAAAAACAAAAUGAUGAUGAUGAUGAAAGAAUGAAAGAAGAAGCAAAUAUGUUGGUUGCUAAAUUAAUGGCUGAUGAAGAAAAUCAUAAAGAAGAACGAUUAAUGCAUGCACAAUCAGUUGUUAAUCCAGUACCACCAACACAAAUUGUUAAUUCAAAUGUACAAGAAAAAUGGUUUUAUCGAGAUCCACAAGGUGAAUUACAAGGACCAUUUCUUGCAAAUGAAAUGGCUGAAUGGUGUAAAGCUGGUUAUUUUACAUCAAGUUUACAAAUACGUAGAGAAUGUGAUGAUAGAUUUUCAACACUUGGUGAUCUUGUUAAAAUAUUUGGACGUGUACCAUUUACACCUGGUCCAACAAUACCACCAUUAAAAAUUGUAGAAACAAUUAUUCCAACAAUACCAAUUCCAGUUCCAAUUCCAAAUCCAACAACAACAACAAAUAUAUCAAAUAAUGCCUUACCUAAACCUCCACCAAUUGAUGAUCCAAUUGCACUAUUUCAGUAUUCACAGUUACGAUUAUAUCAUGAUCAAAUGAUAAUGCAACAAGUUAAAAAUUCAGCAAUUGCAAAAUUAUCACAGCAUGAACAGUGGAAUAAUUUAAAUCAAGUUGAAAAAAAUCAUUUAAUAAUGCAAUAUGUUAUGCAAAAUCCUGAAAUACGUGAAAUGACUGCAAAUACAAAUCAAUAUGUACCAAUAAUACAACCACCACAACAACAACAACAACAACAACCAUUACCAUUACCAACAAAUCCAAUUAUGCAAUUAUUUAGUCAAAUUCAAAGUGGUAAAACAACAAAUGAUAAUCAUUUAUCUCAAAAUACAGUACCACAUAUUGCUCCAAUUCAUCCAGUUGGUAAUGCGAUUGAUCCAAUUCAACAGUUAAUGCAACAAAUGCAACAACGUGGUAUACCUGGACCAUCACAACCAAAUGUUAUUCCUCAGCCUCAGCCUCAACCACAGCCUCACCUACAACAAAAUGAUGAUCCAAUUAAAUCAUUACUUAGACAACUACAUGGUGAUGCUGCUAUUAAUGGACAUCAACAAAUUGAUUCAAUUUGGCCACAUCCAACACAACAAAUUAAUCCACAAUUUGAUGGUAGUAGUUUACUUGCACAAAUGAGACCAUUACCUUCAGCAGCACCACCUGGUCAAAUGCCUAAUAUGUUGUGGGAUUUACAUACCAAAGGUAUGAAAACUGAACAACAAAUAUUAGAAGAACAGCAACAGCAACAACAACUCUUGAGACAACAACAAGAAGAUAGAACAAAAGAAGAACAACGUAAACAAGAAGAAUUAUUACGUAAAGCUAAAGAUGAAUCAUUGAAACGUCAAAAUGAAGAAGAACAGAAACAACAACAGCAACUACAACAAAAACAACAACAACAUGUACGUCAGCUUGAAGAAUUAAAACGUAAAGAAGAACAAAAAAAAAUAAAAGAAGAAGAAAAAUUACGUAAAGAAGAAGAAAAACGUAGAAUUGAAGAAAAAAUACGUAAAGAUGAAGAAAGAAAACGUGAAGAAAAACGUAAAAUUGAUGAAGAUAAUAAUCGUAAAAAACAAGAAGAAGAAAAAAAACGUCGUGAUGAAUUAAAAAAACAAGAAGAAAAACUAAAAAAAGAAGAAGAAAAAAAAAGAAAAUUAGAAGAAGAACAAAAAAAAAUUGAAGAAGAAAGAUUAAAAAAAGAAGAAGAAAAUAGAAAAAAAAUUGAACAAGAAGAAAAUGCAAAAAAAGCUGAACAACGUAGACGUGAAGUUGAUGCAUUAAAAAAAUUACAAGAAAAAAGUAAAGCACCAUGGGCACCACAAGCAACAUCAGUUGUAUCACAAUCAGCAGCAUCAUUAACUGAAAUUCAAAGACUUGAACGUGAAAUGAAAGCUGAAGAACAACGUUAUCAACAAAUGUUACAACAACAAUUGAAUCAACAAAAAGCAGCACAAGCAGCUAAAGAAGCAGCAGCAGCAGCAAUUGAUUCAUCAAAAAAAUCACAAUUUAAAUGGGCAGCAAAAGUAUCAUCAAAUACAAAACCACAAGUUAAAUCACUUGAUCAAAUACAACAAGAAGAACAAGAAAGAAUUGCUAAAUCAAAACAACAAGAAAAAGAAAAAGCUGAAAAAUCAAAUAUCAAAGAAAAUACUGUUGUUAUGCAAAGUGUUGGUAUUUGGGGUGCAGCAAGUCAAUCAUUAAAUUGGACAUCAUCAUCAUCAACAGCAGCAGCAGCAGCAACAACAACAACAACAAUAUUAUCUUCAUCAUCAUCAUCAUCAUUAUCAUCAUCAAAUACUGUUGAUAAUACUAAAAAUACAAAUGUUAAUAAAGGUGCAUGGGCUGGUAGUGGUUUUUGGGAUGAACCAACACCAAAUAAAAUUGCUAGUUCAAUUAUUAAACAAGUACCAGUUAAAACUCAAGUUGUUGCUAAAUCAUCAAAUUCCACAUUACAAAAUCAGAAUUUAAAUAAUAAUAAUAAUAAUAAUAAUAACAAUAAUAAUAACAAUAAUAACAACAACAAUAACAGUAGUAAUAAUAAUAAUAAAAUUGUUAAAACUAAGACAAAAAAAGAGGAUGAGAUUGUUAAAAAAAUAUAUGAUAAUAAUACUAAUAGUAAAGAUGAAUUUGGUCAAUGGUGUUAUCGUACUUUGUGUGGACUCCAAUCAACUGUUGACAUUCCUACAUUUGUUGGAUUUAUUAAAGAAAUUGAAUCAGCAUAUGAAGUCAAAGAAUAUGUAAAAAUGUAUCUUGGUGAAAGUAAACAAACAACAGAAUUUGUUAAACAAUUUUUAGAAAAAAGAAGUAAAUUAAGAUCAGCACAACGUCCACAAGCUGAAGCUGAUGAUCUUUGUAAACCAGCACCAGCUGUCAAUCCAAAUGCACCAACAGAAUUCCAAGAAGUUAAAGGUAAAUCAAAGAAACCAAAAAAAGGAAAAAUGUUUAAAGUUGAUAAUACUAUUUUGGGAUUCAGUGUAACAGCAGCAACUGAUAGAAUCAAUGUUGGUGAUCGUGAUUAUGGCGAGGGUGUUUAAAUGAAAAAAAUAAAUAAAUAAAAAGUUGAAUAAAUUAAAACCCAUGAUGAUUCAAUAUGAACACAAUCGGGAUCAUAAAAAUUUGUUAUAUUAUAUUUAUUUUUUUUUCCCCUUAAUUUCAUCGAUUAAAUAUAAAGUUGAAGUUUAAAAAUUAAUAAUGAAAAAAAUCAUUUGUUAUUUAUAAAAAUGAUUCUUCAUAAAAUGAGAAUCAAAUAAUGAUGAUUGAUUCGAAUAAGACGAUAAAUAAAAGUGGUGAUUCAUUUUUAAUUACAAGUCACUUAAAUUCAGUGUUUUGACAAAAACAACUCUUGUACAAAAUAUUAAGAUCCCAUUUUUAGUGAUCAUUGAAAAAAAAAAAAAAAACUAUAAUAAAGCAAUUUUUGCAUUACACUAAGAAUUGUUUGAACUGGUGUUUUCAAACUCAAUGUUUAAUUUAAUAUCUCUUUAUUAUGUUGAAUGAUUCUUUUAUUUUGCUCGAAUAUUUUUUUUUUUUUUUUUCUAAUCAUUUUAUAAUAAAAUGAUAUGCUAAUUUGAUAAAAAUACAAAGGAAAAACACGAAUUAUUAUUUCCUAAAAAAAUAAAACAAAAUUCGGAUUUUAUAUUUAUUUAAUCCUUUGUCCAUUUAUUUUCAAAUACUGGUUUUUUUUUUUAAAUUUUUUCUUUAAUUUUUGCCCAACAUUUUUUAAUUUGUAAAAUAAAAAAAAAUAAAUAAAUCAGUAUUACAUAUAUUUAUUUUUUUUUUUACAGGCACAUGAUUUUUUUUUUAAAUUGAACUACUUAUUUGAGAAAUUUAAUUAAUUUUAUUAUUGAAUUUAUUGAAUUGUUAAAAUAAUUGUACUUUCGGUAACAAUGCUCUUCAAUUUUUAUACUAUUUAUAAAUAAAAAUUCAAAUAUUGAAGAGAAAAAUAAAGAAAAAAAAAAAA